AGCGAGGCGAGCAUUCUCGUGUUCGCUCUCGCACGCGUGCCGGAUCGGUUGGUGACGACGACGACGACGACGACGACCGGACGACGGAAUCGCCUCCCGACAUCGCUCGAGUGACGGAGAAGGAAAGCCCCCACCGCCGCCCCUCUCUCUCUAUCUCUCUCUUGCCGUCCUCGGCGACGGUCAUUCAUGCCGUUUGGCGCUCAGGUUACACUCAAGUAGGAUUUGAAAUCAGUGUUCACUUCAUAAGAUAUGGAGCAGCUGCGGUUUUGGUUGAAUCGCCCAAAGUGUUGGAUUCUCUCUUUCCAGGAAAUGCUUGAUUGGCGGUUUUUUGUGCUUGGAGAGUUUCUUCUGGUUUCCUUUGUGAAUUGCACAUAGUUGUCAGCUUUUUGGAUGAAUAGUAGAAACGGAAUAAUGCGAGGUUUUUAUAGCAUAGGGGGCGAAUCAUCAAUGCAUUGUACCAGUGCAUUUCCAUUUCAGCUUCAUGUGAAAAUUUCUGAGAGAAGUCGUGAAAGGGCUGACUGCAGCACCUAAAGCUGUAUCUGCUUGUGAGCAACGUUUCUGGAAGUUGGUGUAUUGGAACAGAAGAUAAUCCUUCAGUUAUAUAGCGCAGGAUGGUUUGUUUGACCAGAUACUUGUCACUGAACAUCUGCAAAGGGGUUGUGUGGAUGAGAUAGCUCUCUCUGUAGUUGACCUCUUGGAUACUACUUCCAGAUGCAGUAUCCCUCAAUUGAGAGGCAAUCCUUUUAGCUGGGUGUCAUUGGUUCAGCAUGUUUGAAGGCGUCUGUCCUUUUCUGCCAUUGCAUUGUCAGGGGUAUCAAGCAUUCAGUUCAAUAAUUAAUAAAGCUGGGAAAUCUGUCUGACAGAGUACUUCAGGUGGCACAAUUGCCGUUUAAUAUGAGUGGUAGACUCAGCUAGAUGAGCAACGGGAUUUGUCUGUAGUAUUUAGAGUUAAUCAAGAGUCAUCUGCUUGUAAUCGUUAUACUUCCUGGGAACUUCGUUUAAUUUUUGUGUUCUGGAAUAAAGAAAGAGCCUCAAGCUAUUUCGGUUGCUUUGCUUCUGGAAGAAUGGAGAGGUAUAAAUUAAUAAAAGAAGUUGGUGAUGGAACAUUUGGAAGUGUUUGGCGAGCUAUAAAUAAGCUGUCUGGUGAAGUUGUUGCAGUUAAGAAAAUGAAGAAGAAAUAUUAUUCAUGGGAGGAGUGCAUAAACUUGAGAGAAGUGAAGUCAUUGAGGAAGUUGAACCAUCCAAACAUUGUAAAGCUUAAGGAAGUCAUCCGGGAAAAUGAUAUCUUAUAUUUCGUGUUUGAGUACAUGGAGUUCAACUUAUACCAGCUCAUGAAAGACAGAGAGACAUUAUUUUCUGAAGCAGAAAUCAGAAAUUGGUGCUUUCAAGUAUUUCAAGGUCUUGCAUACAUGCAUCAGCGCGGGUACUUUCACCGAGACCUUAAACCAGAAAAUCUGUUGGUUACGAAACAGACUAUUAAAAUAGCUGAUUUUGGCCUUGCUCGUGAAGUAAAUUCACGGCCACCGUACACUGAAUACGUGUCAACACGCUGGUAUCGAGCUCCCGAAGUCCUGCUUCAGUCAUUUACAUAUGGUCCUAAAGUCGAUAUGUGGGCUAUGGGUGCUAUCAUGGCUGAAAUGUUCAACCUGCGUCCACUUUUUCCAGGCAGCAGUGAAGCAGAUGAGAUAUACAAAAUAUGCAGUGUGUUAGGUAGUCCUACCCCAGACUCUUGGCCAGAAGGUCUUCAUCUUGCGAAGGCCAUUAAUUAUCAAUUCCCCCAGUUUUCUGGUGUUGAUCUUUCUGUGGUGAUACCACCUGCAAGUAAAAUUGCUAUUAGUCUUAUAAAGUCACUUUGUUUAUGGGAUCCCUGCAAGCGGCCGACGGCAGCUGAAGCAUUGCAGCAUCCUUUCUUUCAGAGUUGCUAUUAUGUUCCACCAUCUCUUCGUGUGAGGGCAGCUGCUCCGAGAACACCUCCUUCAGUUGGAGCUAGAGCACCUUUGCAGCAGCAAAAUGCUAGAAGAACAGCUGUUGUAGCCAAUACAAAGCUCUCUGGCAACCUUUCAUCACCAAAACAACAGCCUGUCAACAGAGGUGUAGAAAGGAAGCUAAAUAUGGGCAGUGAGAAGGAUGCAAAUCACAAGUUAUCAAGUACCUCCAUCAAACAACCAAAAUAUCGCCCACCAGGGAAGAACAGCCCAUCCUCCAUAAACAAGGGUGGAACAGCAAGUGCAGUCACGGGUGCAGCACAAAAGAUGGGAAACUUGUCUCUCAGUUCCCGAAAGGAUUGUGCCAUACCACGUGUGCCCCACCCUAUGAAGGCCGGAGGAUGGCGUGGCGAGCCUGGGGACAUGUUGCGCAGGAAGCCAAACGAGAUUCCACCUGGCCGUGCCUUUUCGCGGAAAGUCACAGGAUAAGAUGGUUAGCUUCUUUAAGGGUGUUCCAGUAUCCAAAUAACUAAAGAUGUUUUGAUGGCUGUACCGUGUGAGGUUGAUAAAUGAUUUGGCCAAAUGCUUCUCUGGUUAUAUAUAUAUGUGAAUUGACUGCGCUUUGCUUUUAUUUUAGUGUGUUCUCUCUCCUGGA